AUGAAUUCGAUGGAGCAAAGAUAUCCAAAUGCCCUGGGGUACUAUAUACAUUUUAUAAUAAAGGCAGGAAACAAUACAGAAGGAAAUGAUGGCGAGACGAUUGAUAUCAAGACACUAUUAGUAAUCGGACAGGCAGAUAACAACUCCCUACUUAGACUAAGCCGUGCCAACUGUCUGAAGUUGCGAAGAAAAGGAGAGGAUCUAGGAGUAGAGAGGAGGCAGUACAGGAGGCUAAACAGCAGACUACCGCCCGUCAGGGCAGGCAAGAAUAGCAGUACCAAUGAAGAUGACUCAGAUUCCUAA